GACAAGGGUGCCUUCAGCAAGUUGGUGCGUCGCCUCGAGGGGCAGGAGAAGGAGAAUGCCACCCUCAAAGGCGACGGGGGAGGAGGUCCUCCGCACUCCGACACCACCAACGAGCCAGCCGAGUUUCGCGAGGAGAUCGAUGCGCUGGCCAAGCAUAUCAAGUGGUUGGAGUCUACUAAAGGGGAGUGGGCAAAGGCCGCCUUGGCCGCAGCCCAGGCUCAGCUGGAAGUGGCAAGGGCCAAGCUUCACGAGAACAAGCCCCUGGGAGCGAAGCUUAGCGUUCUUUCGAGGAGAGUGGAGCAAGCCCGUAAGCAGAAGGAGAAGGCCAUUGCAGAUCGUGCCGUGGCCCAAUCAGCUCUGGAAUCAGCACAGAAGGCAUUAGCAGACGCCGACGCCCUCAUCGCCGAGAAGAUUCAGGCAUAUGGGAAGCUGGAGAUCGAGCUGUCAGACCUCGCCCAGAGGGACACGGACGCUGUCGAGAUGGUCGCCGACGAGGUCAAACUUGAGGACGUUCUUUCAAGUAUGGAAGGCAUCAGUGAUCCGAAGAAGGCCGCCCCAGCUCUGGUGGCAGCCCUCAGGGCAGGAGGUGGAGUCGGGUUACUUGCUGAGCCAGCGCGGGUUCCACGGCGAUGGCCUGCCCCCUGGGAGCCUGACAGGGGGGACAUCGAAGAUCUGCGCAAGUUGGUCAAAGAUUACGUGGAGCCGCCCGCCGAGGAAAGCAAGUCACACGCCGACCUGGUGCAGCAGCUCAUGCGGUAUGCGGAUUCGCAUCCGUCAAGUUCCAUACCUGUACCUACCACGCUGGCCUUGGUCACGUACAACAGCAAUGUCUGGAGCACGGUGCAAGGUUUUUUGGAAUGGAUGGUGCUGGACAGAGCAGACCAGCCCGACAUUAUUUUCAGCCAGGAGCACAGGCUGCGCAGCGGCGACCAGCUGAAGUCAGCAAAAAGCUGGGCGCGAGAGCGCGGCUACAAGUUCCUGGCCCACGGGCGCACCGUGACGGGCAAGAAGAUCACGGAGACAUCCAGUGGGGUUGGCAUCCUCACACCAGGUCACAUCGCCAGCGUUGAGCACCUCCCGAACAACGGGUUCGACAAAUCCAGGCUCUUCUUCCAGCGCGUCAUGCUGGGAGGUACGCAGGCGCUGCUGGUCUCCAUCUACGCCAUUUGCAGUGUAGGUGUGGCAGACAACGUCGAAUUGAUUGCCUCGUUGCUUGAGGCGGUGCGCGCAGCCUGCCUGCCUUUCAUCGCAGCGGGAGAUUGGAAUUUUGAGGCCGAAUUUUUUGGCAGAGACUCGUUUUUGAGGGUUGGCUUCCUGAGUCAG